CUGGCCGAGGAAACUCGAUCGGUUCAAGAGUGGAGUGCAGUGUUUGUUCGUAGUGCUAACACAAAUAUUACAAAAAAAGUGCGCUUAAAAUGUAAUCGGCGUGAUGCUUGAGCGGGUGUUAUGUGCCGUGUAAUAUGCCGUGGGGCGGCUUCUUCCUGGUCUGUCUAGCGUUAUGCUGUAUACAAACUGCAUCAGAACUCCAAAUACCGGAAGAGGAAGUGUUACGGAGGCGUCGGAGCGAUGAGAAAGAUGGCCUGGCCUUGUCCAGGGAGAUAUUCAGGAACAUUACCAAGAAACUUCGAGAAAAUAUUAAGUUCGAGGGACCAACUGAAGGGAGCAAUUUGUUCAAUAAGAUAGAAGAGCGUCAGUUCGCGCCAUACCAGGAGUACCAUCACUACGAGAGGCACUGGGGCCCGUACUUCGAGGAGAAGAAUGUGACGAGGCUUAGCGCGCACGUCGGCUCCGAGGCGCUCCUCAACUGCCGCGUCGUCAUGCUCAAGGACAAGACUGUGAUGUGGCUCCGCAACACGACGGACACGGCCCAACUGCUGACGGUCGGCCCGGCGCCCUACGCGGGCGACAGUCGCGUCGCCGUGAAGUUCCAAUACCCCAACAACUGGAGGCUCAGCAUCAACCCCGUGAAGAGAGGCGAUGCCGGCCUCUACAUGUGCCAAAUAUCGACCCACCCCCCGCGGACGAUAUACGCAAACCUGACUGUACUACCGCCCGUUUUGACAAUAAACGGUGAUAAAACCCACGAUCUAAAGGACAGAUUCUACAAAGCUGGCAGCUCUAUAAAGUUGUCGUGCGUUAUAUCAGACGAGUACGUCGACACUUUGACGACGAAAUCACCGACAGUCACCCAAACAACAGUCACCACACCGUUGACGACGACGACAGAGAUGACGACGAAGAUGAGCACGGUGUACAAUAGGAUAGAUUUAAUGUUGAAUAAGAGUUGGAGCGUCGAAACGACGACCAUAACGUCAACUGUUAGUGUAAGUGCUACGACGAAGAGUGCGACCGUCAAGAGUACAGAAAUGACGACGCCGCCGCCUCGGAUACUCAAUAACGUGUUCGGACUCGCCUGGAGGAAGCAGGGGAAGGAAUUCGCAGAUUCUGUCACGUGGCGCAAUAUGAGCGCCACAAUCAGUGUCGGCUCGGCGUCACAAAAUGACAGCGGGACGUACACCUGUCUCCUGCUAAACCACUCUCAAGUGACUGUCAAUGUACACGUCUUGAUCGGCGAAAAUCAAGCAGCAGUUCACCACGAUACCUGGAACAAGGGAUCCCUGUACUGGCAAGCACAGAACCUUUGUUUGUUCACUUUAGUACUACUCAUUUCAUUUUGUACUUGAAAAUAACAUUCGAAUAAGUUAACGACAUAAAUGACGAAAGCGUCAAAAUAUUCAUUCAAUUUCAUAGUCUGUAUCGAAACCGUAACGUAUUUCAUUUUAUGGAAGUUUCAAAAAUAAAAUAUCGUAUGAAAGCUAACGCCUUUUUAAU